UGACCGCUAGAGGGCAGCUGUACACCAGGAGUUUUCCCUCCCCCCUCGUUGUCGAAACAACAAACCCUACUACGGAGCAAGUGGCGGGGUGAAACCGAGAGAGCGUCCAAAACCGCCUCUGACCGCCAGUUUCAAACUCAUUUGCGGAAAUCGUGGUUAUAUCAAAACAGGAACAGAUAGCGACUCAACAAAGCAGUGACUCGUUUGGAAAUAAAUUGAAUAACGGGGUCCUACGCUACCUUGUGGACACUGAGGAUCUGAGGUCUGUUCUUAUUUCAGUUGGAUCAGACAUGUUAGAGAAAUGAUAGCGGCACCAGAGUUACCGUCGGAGUUCCACUAUCCUCAGGAUACGGACACCCGUUUCUCCUCAGACACAGACUUCUCUGAGGCUCCUGAUGUCAGUAUCAACCCAACUAAAGGAAAGGGGGGUAAGAAGGGGAAGAAGGUGACAGGAGAGAAGGGUAAAGGAGCAGGGAGGAUGAACGGCCACUACCAGGAGAAUGGCAUGGAGAACCUAAUGCUGUUUGAGGUUGUCAAGAUGGGCAAGAGCGCCAUGCAGUCUGUGGUGGAUGACUGGAUUGAGGCGUAUAAAACCGACAGGGACAUGGCUCUGCUAGACCUGAUCAACUUCUUCAUCCAGUGUUCUGGCUGUAAAGGAGUGGUCAGUGGAGAGAUGUUCCGAAACAUGCAGAACUCUGAGAUCAUCAGGAGGAUGACAGAGGAGUUUGACGAGGACAGCGGAGACUACCCUCUGACCAUGGCAGGUCCGCUGUGGAAGAAGUUUAAGGGUAGUUUCUGUGAGUUCAUUGCUGUCUUGGUGAGACAGUGUCAGUACAGCAUCAUCUAUGACGAGUACCUCAUGGACACGGUCAUAUCGCUCCUCACCGGACUGUCGGACUCACAGGUCCGAGCCUUCAGGCACACCAGCACACUGGCAGCUAUGAAACUGAUGACAGCCCUGGUGAAUGUAGCUCUGAACCUGAGCAUCAACAUGGACAACACACAGCGGCAGUACGAGACAGAGAGAAACAAGAUGGUCGCUAAGAGAGCCAACGACCGGCUGGAGCUACUGCUGCAGAAACGCAAAGAGCUUCAAGAAAAUCAGGAUGAAAUUGAGAACAUGAUGAAUGCUAUAUUCAAGGGUGUGUUUGUACACAGAUAUCGUGAUGCCAUAGCCGAGAUCAGAGCUAUCACUAUAGAGGAGAUAGGAAUGUGGAUGAAGCUCUACAGUGACGCCUUCCUCAACGACAGCUACCUGAAAUACGUAGGCUGGACCAUGCAUGACAAGCAAGGCGAGGUGCGUCUGAAAUGUUUGACAGCGCUGCAGGGUCUCUACUACAACAGAGAACUGAACACCAGACUGGAGCUGUUCACCAGCCGCUUCAAGGACCGCAUCGUCUCCAUGACUCUAGACAAGGAGUACGAUGUCGCAGUACAAGCAAUUAAACUGCUCACUCUGGUACUACAUAGUACAGAUGAGGUACUGAGCCCGGAGGACUGUGAGAGCGUCUAUCACCUGGUCUACUCCGCCCACCGACCGGUCGCCAUAGCAGCCGGGGAGUUCCUCUUCAAGAAACUGUUCAGUACGCGGGAGCCGGAAGAGGAGGGCGCCCCCAAGAGGAGAGGAAGACAAAGCCCCAACGCCAACCUCAUCAAAACUACUGUUUUCUUCUUCCUGGAGAGCGAGCUCCAUGAGCACGCUGCGUACCUGGUGGACUCUCUGUGGGAGAGUGGAGCAGACCUGUUGAAGGACUGGGAGUGUAUGACCAGCCUGCUACUGGAUGACCCCGUGCCAGGGGAGGAAGCCCUGACAGACAGACAGGAGACGGCUCUCAUAGAGAUAAUGCUGUGUACGGUGCGCCAGGCUGCAGAGUGCCACCCACCCGUAGGCCGCGGAACCGGGAAGAGGGUGAUGACAGCGAAGGAGAAGAAGACCCAGCUAGAUGACAGGACCAGGAUGACAGAGCUGUUUGCUGUGGCAUUGCCUCCUCUGCUGGCCAAAUACUCCAUAGAUUCAGAAAAGGUGACCAACCUGCUGCAGCUCCCUCAGUUCUUUGACCUGGAUAUCUACACCACAGGACGACUAGAGAAGCACUUGGAGGCGUUGCUGCGUCAGAUCAGGGAGAUCGUGGAGAAACACACAGACACAGAGGUUCUGGAGGCGUGCUCGAAGACCUACCACGCUCUCUGCAACGAGGAGUUCACCAUCUUUAACAGAGUGGACAUCGCCAGGUCACAGUUGCUCGAUGAACUGGUGGACAAAUUCAACAGACUGCUGGAAGACUUCUUACAAGAGGGUGAAGAGCCUGAUGAUGAUGAUGCCUACCAGGUCCUGUCUACUCUCAAGAGAAUCACUGCCUUCCACAAUGCCCACGACCUGUCCCAGUGGGAUCUGUUCAGCAGUAACUUCAAGUUGCUCAACACGGGCAUUGAGAACGGAGACAUGCCAGAGCAAAUAGUGGUCCAUGCUCUACAGUGUACCCACUACGUUGUCCUGUGGUACUUGGCCAAGGUCUCAGAGGGCAGCCACAGAAAGGAGGACAUGGUGAGCCUGAGGAAACAGAUGCGGAUGUUCUGUCUGAUGUGUCAACGUUACCUCACCAACGUCAACACAACCGUCAAGGAACAGGCGUUCACCAUCCUGUGUGAUGUGUUGCUAGUCUUUAGUCAUCAGAUGGUCUCAGGCGGCAGAGAGCAGCUGGAACCGCUGGUCUACAGUCCUGAUGACUCGUUACAGACAGAACUACUGUCCUUCAUACUGCACCAUGUGUUUAUAGACCAGGACGAUGACAACGGCAGCACAGAUGGCCAGCAGGAUGACGAGGCAGCGAAGAUAGAAGCUCUUCACAAGAGACGUAACCUCCUGGCAGCCUACUGUAAACUUAUCAUAUAUAACGUAGUAGAGAUGAACACUGGAGCUGACAUCUUUAAACAGUACAUGAGGUAUUAUAAUGACUAUGGUGACAUCAUCAAGGAGACCAUGUCUAAGACCAGACAGAUAGACAAGAUCCAAUGUGCCAAGACACUCAUCCUCAGUCUACAACAGUUGUUCCAUGAGAUGAUGUCAGAGUUGGGGACAGGAUUUGACCGCUCGUCCUCAGCGUUCUGUGGGAUCAAGGAGCUGGCCAGACGUUUCUCUCUCACCUUUGGUCUGGACCAGGUGAAAACACGAGAUGCUAUCGCCAUGCUGCACAAGGAUGGUAUAGAGUUUGCGUUUAAGGAGCCCAGUCCCCAGGGAGAAGGAAACCCUCCUCUUCACCUGGCCUUCCUAGACAUCCUCUCUGAGUUUUCCUCCAAACUAAUGAGGCAGGACAAGAGGACUGUUCACAUGUAUCUGGAGAGGUUCAUGACCUUCCAGAUGGCCCUCCAGAGAGACGACUGCUGGCUACCGCUCAUCUCCUACAGGAACUCCCUGCAGGCCGGCGGGGACGAUGACACCAUGUCUGUUGUCUCCGGCUACUCCUCCAGAGGGUCGUCGGUCAGAUCCAAGAAGACCAAGGCUGCUACUCCCACUGCUACUGUCGCUGCAGCCAAGAGGAGACUUCCUGAAGUGGAGGAGAGCAGUAGCAGCAGUGCCGAUAUGUCGUGGCAGCACCAGAGCAUGCAGACUCCAGUGAUGAUGCCCUCCCCCCACCUCACCUCUACCAUGAUGAGAGGACCAGGGGACAUGAGGGGGGAGGCCAAACGGGGGAGAGACGACAGCUAUAUAGGAGUGUACGCCCUCCCUUCAGACUCCCAGCAGCAGCCACACCCUCACACACUCCCCCAAACACCUCAACUCCACCAGACACCCAUCGACUACAAUACCCAGGUGACGUGGAUGCUGGCUCAAAGGCAGCAGGAGGAGGUUCGCCAGCAGCAGGAGAGGGCCAUGAACUACGCCAAGCUCAGGACCAACCUGCAACAGGCCAUUCGGCGUGGUACAGGGCUGAUGGAGGAGGAUGAGGAGCCUAUCGUAGAGGACGUGAUGAUGUCAUCAGAGGGUCGUAUGGAAGACCUCAACGAGGGCAUGGACUUUGACACCAUGGACAUCGACCUGCCCCCCUCUAAGAACAGGAGAGAGAGAUCAGAGCUGAAACCAGACUACUUUGACCCUGGUUCCAUCAUGGAUGAGUCUGUCCUUGGAGUGUCCAUGUUUUAAAACUGGUAUUUGUCGACGAAGAAGAGAGGCGUACUGUAUUUAUGGAGACGUUAAGCUGACGAUCAGAAGUCUUCUCUGGUUUAUCCUCCAUGGUCUAACACACAGUGUUGCUCGCUCAGAGGGGACUGAAUGAAAACAAAAUACUUUUUAUAAUCCUUGGGUAAGCUUUCACCUUUCAGCUAGUGGCCAACCAGUUCCAAACCUAGAAGAAUCCUCCAGACGCUGAGUCUUGGUCUGAAGGGAGUUCUGUAAUUCUACUGCGUUUUAUUUUUCUUCCAAAUGGAGAUGGAAUGACCUGUCCUCUAACCCUCUCUAUGCUAGUAUAGUGAGUAACCCGGUGCGGUGUAGUCAUUUAGACACAGAUUGUUAGUAGGAAAGGUAGCUAGCUGUGGUAGAAGUGGAUGGACUUGGUCUUAAUGCUAGUUUCAGUUUUUUUUCCUUUCCCCCAUGUUGGACUGUCAGUAGAAUCUGUUGGUUCUGUGGUUGUGAUGACGACGACUGCUGGUGGUUGUUGGUGACCUGUUGAAUAGAUCAGCUGUAAGAGUCAUGGAUGUAGCAACACACAUCCAACCGUUUUCCAUGUGCAGAGUCCUUUAUGCGAAAGGAGUAGAAAUAACGCCACUGUCGUACAUCCUUCAGGUUAGUUUCUGUCAACGUUUGGACCAGAAGGUCUGGCCGUCAUAUCCAACUGUGUGUGGGUAGUGUUUCUAUUCCGUGGUUGUUGAAUACAGUCUGAGGACCCCGGGAGUUGCUGUGAAGAGGCCCAGGGUGCGUCUCAAAAGUAGUGCACUAUAUAGGGAAUAGGGCUCUGGUCUAAAGUAGUGCACUAUAUAGGGAAUAGGGCUCUGGUCUAAAGUAGUGCACUAUAUAGGGAAUAGGGCUCUGGUCUAAAGUAGUGCACUAUAUAGGGAAUAGGGCUCCGGUCAAAAGUAGUGCACUAUAUAGGGAAUAGGGUGCCAUUUGGGACAAAGACCCAGUGUUUAACAAGGAACUAGGCUGCCGCACAAGUCCUGAAGCUUACCCAAAGAUUUGGAUCCUUCUCCCUAUCUGAAGAGACUACUCUCCCCGACGGACAGCGAGGUGACCUUCUCUCUGGUAGUGCCGCCACUGUGCUGACUCAGAGACAAGCAAGCAGCAUGUUAAUAGACAGAAAAUCCAGCAUAUUUAGUGUUGAAAUGGCUAUCUCUAAAUUUUAAAUAAAGUUAUAUAUGAAUCGGUGCUGAUUUUCUAACUGUGCUUUUUUAAAUUAAAAUGUUCAACAUAAGUUAAGGUUUCAUAAAUGUGUAAAACUGUUUAAAAAGGAAAGCAUGUGUAGUCAUGUGAGGAGGAAGAUUUUUACAUUUCUAUUUCUGUUUUUCUUCGUCUUAAUGUUUUGGGGUUUCUACCUCUCUUUUUGUUGUUUUUCCUACGUGUAAAUUAGUUUGGAUAAGACUCAUUAUGAAAGAAAUAAAUGUGACUUGUGAAAUAUCAGCUUUAAGGUUUUCACCAUCAACAUGAGUAAUAAUAAUGUCCUGUUGCGCAACGCCACCAUAUAAAACUGUAUAGAGAACUUAAAGCCAGUCAUUAUAUUCCUAUAGAAAGGUUGUUGUUUUCAUUCCAAAUGGCACCCUGGUGCCCUCACCGGGCCAAAUAUUCCCUAUGGGACCUGGUCAAAAGUAGUGCACUGUAUAGGGAAUAGAGGUGCCAUUUGGGACAGUUCUCAACAGCAGCAGCACUCUGGCAGCUAGACAAAGCUUACAUGUGACAUGAACUAUUAUGUCGUCCAUAAGUUUUAAUGAAAUGUUUUGUCUACUGAGGUAAAUCUAUCUACUUGGUAAUCAUUCCAUGCCUGGGCCUUAAACAUGCAGUAAUGGAAGGAAAUCAACUGCCCUGUCUAAUUAACUGCCCCUAGCCCCAUAUAAACAGUAUUGCUAGAAUAUAAUUGCUCUGGUUUAAGUGUAGACACCCCCCCCCACUCACUCUAGUAAUUCUAUGCCUCUACCCCUAGGCACCUGUGGAUAUCUGAUAGGAAUAGAUAAGUAAGGUGUAUCCAAUUUGGCUUCAUCCCAACUAGUUUUAUCGGGGAGAAGGUGAUACUACUACCCAUCAAAUCACUGCAGAUUUACACUAGCACCUUGGGGUUAGGGCUGGGGUAGCCUCGGAAAGCCUAGGGGUUAGGGCCGGGGUAGCCUCGGAAAGCCUAGGGGUUAGGGCCGGGGUAGCCUCGGAAAGCCUAGGGGUUAGGGCCGGGGUAGCCUCGGAAAGCCUAGGGGUUAGGGCCGGGGUAGCCUCGGAAUGCCUAGGGGUUAGGGCCGGGGUAGCCUCGGAAUGCCUAGGGGUUAGGGCCGGGGUAGCCUCGGAAUGCCUAGGGGUUAGGGCCGGGUUAGCCUCGGAAUGCCUAGGGGUUAGGGCUGGGGUAACCUCGGAAAUCUUCUGUAGAUGACAUUUGGAAGGAUGUCCUCGUGAGACUAGAGUUUAGGGUGCUAGGGGUUGUUUCUGGACAGGUCCUAAAUCGUUUUCUCUUACUAAUCCUCUUCCGUGUCAAGAGGUAGCCAUGAAAGGUGAUUAUUGGGGUUGUUAUAACGACAGAAAACAGAUGGUCCAGAUGUGAUGUCGGUGAAGUAGAUACAGGCAGCCUGUGUGUUUUACCUAAUUAUUAUUAUUAUUAUUAUUAUUAUUAUUAUUAUUAUUAUAUGUAAGUAAAUAUUUUGGAGUAAAAAUGACUGUGGCUUUUGUUUUGUCACUUACUACCACUACAUUGGUAUAGUCCUUUAUUUGAGCCUUCCUGUAUAUAAAACAAACAUCAAGCUUUAUUUUCAUUUGUUGUGUUUUUCCUUUUUGGCCAUUUUAUGUAUGUGUUGAAUUUUCUCAUAUAUAUAAUAUACAAACACACACACACUUCCGCGCUGUUUGUUCCCUAUCCUAUUACCACUCCCUCUCAGAUUUGUACUUGCCUGGAGACAGUCACUUUUUUGAAUAAAAGUAAACCAACUCGA